UGUGGUUAUGCUCAUGGUAAGCAUUUCACUUGGGAUGGCGUUGCUGUAAAGAUCUACAUUUUCAUGUUUAUUAUUAAGUACGCACGCCGCUGUGCAAAAUAAUAGAAAGUAGAAGUGCUUGGAUUGAAAACAUUUGAACAAGAACGAAGCCGUAGAUCAAUAUGAAGGAACACAACAAAUGCUGAAGAGCGGCAUCGAUUAUACUGUACUAAAAUACAAGACGGGAAUAUAUUGGAAAUGACCUUGAAGUUUUAACCUUUAUUGACUCCCGUUGUACUGAUUACACUCUCGUCAAAUACUACUAAUCUUCUGUGCCUUUCUUAUUGUAAACUGUCUAAUGUAAUUCUCCUCAAUCCCGUGCACUGUGCGCGUGGCUGAUGACGAGCGAAGCCAGUUUUGUUGUUUCCAGAUGCCUGAGAAAGACUUGCUUUUUCUACUUACGUCGGUUUAGCGCUGGCGGCUGCGAUGCUCCAUAUGCGAGCUACUCCCCGCAGGUGUUAUUUGCCGCAAAAUAUCGGUGUUUUUUUUGUGCUCCCCUAACAGGUCCCCUUGUUGUCAGUUUUUUCCUUUUCCCCCUUUCGUUGUUUUUGGAUUGUUUUUGCGCGCGGGCCGGCGGCAGUCAUGCGAUCAAGCUCUCUACCGCCGAUGAUGGGAAACACGGGGUACGAUUCGACAUAUUUUUUGCCGGUAGGAGGUCAUGCCAAUUUCGAGUGCGCAAAACGAGGAUGGGGAUUUGCGACCUGGAGAAGACGAGAGACCGAGGAGAAAUUAUAAGAUGUUAGAGCUCACAUUACCAACGUUUUUUGCGUCAUGCUGUACUUAGGGCUUUAGGCCAGUAGUUGUCUAUCUUGUCGCUCCCCACUUGUCAGUUGAUUGCGCAUUAGUCAGGAGUAGGCAGGGCUGGCGGCCCUGCCCUCGUGCCUUGUAGGCAGGCGCAUAAGAGUGGGACGGUUGGCGGCCGGUCGCGGUUUAUAUAACACAACUAGCCCCCUCCUUUGCCCCUGGGUUUGAUCAAAUUAAAGCCGGCGGGCUCGUAGGCAAUUAGUGCACGGUAGUAGAAGGAGGCUAAUGGACUCCACCCGUCGCCGGCAGGCACGCCGGACAUCACUGGGGUCACCCUUCCCGCGAUCUUGGCCUACAAGAAGAAAAGUGGCUGCGGCGGGAAACCCGUGAGUCCCGAGUCACUGAUCCACUUCCCUUUCCGUAGUUGCCGUCUCAAGUAGAAGAUUGUUUAGAAGAUGGUGGCGGUUUCGUCCUCAGCGGUGCAAGUGCUUGGGUCUCUAUCCUCGCAACACCGUAUCAUGCGACAAAGGCUGCUUUCUUGGACUUGGCCUUGGUGCUUCUGUUUGAUGAUUUGUAGUUCGGAAGCGGUGCGCGUCACGUGGAGAAGCACCAAUAAAGGCCCUGCGCUUGCGAACGUGAACGCCUGUAAUUGCGCGUGCUUGUUUCCUUGGCCUUGUGGAAAGAGAGAUCCAGGAGACUCGGAACCACGUGCGGCUGCCGAUGGUUCAGGACAUUCUCACGAAUUGCAGGGUAGAGCCGGAACCGAGGAAGAGGUGGAGGUCCUCAGAGACGUUUUGAGGAUCCGGCUCGCGCACGCACAAGAAAAAAAGGCGGAAGCUCGUUUAAAGAAGCUUGCCUGGCGAAUAUGGGAGCGGCGCAUGCAAACUGGAGGCGUUGGGUGCGAGGACGGGGGUUUGAGUACCGGAGUUAUGAUUAUUGAGGAUUCACGUCCACCGAAUUCUAAUUUUCUCCGUGAUUUUCCUCUUGGAUUCUGAGAAGAUGAACAUCAAACGCGAAUGAUUCAUUGAGAGCUUUAAUCGAAAGAGUAGCAGGGCAACAAGACGAGCGGCGCGACGGAUGUCCCGGCGUGCAUUCAAAGAGUGGCUAAAACACGAGUCGACGGAGUCUACAGCCUCCCUGCUUGCAACAUUUGAGGAGUCUGUGGCUGCGCAAAGUUGGGAGCAACAAAAUCCAUCUUGCCCUUUUCCUGCAAAUUCCUAUUCGUCAUCUUCAACUUCUGCCAGAAAUAGCGCGCUUCCAGUAGAGGACCGCGGAGCUGGAGAGGCAACCUGGUGGAUUUCUCCUGCUGCAUUUGCGAUGCUUGACGAAACUCACGGAAACAAGGAAUGUGACGUAGAGGACGAAGAUGCUUUUGCCCCAAAAUCCAAUACGACCGAUACCAGUGCCACUCCUGUAGAUGCAGAUCAAGAAGCAUCCUCGUGCGUGUCAACAGGGUCCUCCUCGCGUGUUACGCUUGAAGACAAGUGGGGAACACCGGGAACCAGUACUCGCGAUUUCCAGGACAAUGGUACGAGCGUCUUUGAGUUUCAUAACUCAGAAGCAGCCCCCGAGGUUGAUGAUCGAGAUAUUGAUGCGCAUGCGGCUUCUUCGGCAAUAGUUUUGCCUCGCGACAGUCCUGCCACUGUUGUGACACCUAGUAAAGCACAGCGGGACAGUUCUUGGAUUAAUGCACGAGUUAAAUGGCAAACUCCCGAGGCCAGUCCGAGAUCACGAGAGAAGAGAUCUUCUACUUCCUCGAGAGAGAACAGACGAUUAUCUCGCACAAAGGCUGGGGCAUCUUCUUCCUCUACUUCGUGGAGAAACCGCGAUGGCGCGCUUCGUGCGAGUCGAUCGAAUAGGGCACGAGGAGAGCAUAUAAUUCGCAACGCAGGAUCCUGGGACGAGUGGAUGGAAGCUUCGGGUUUGGAAAGCCGCCACUAUCUCACAGCUGUCUUAAGAUACUUAAAUCAUAAGACAUUCACAAUAGAGAGUUGUACUUAGCUAGACUAGUCAAUCAACCUCCACUCGCCAUGGCCAUACACGAUAAGCACCCCAUGAGAUGAAUAAGAACUCCAUCUUCAGGAAAUCAAGGGAAAAUCGCAUGUUUAUACUGAAUACGAAAUCCAUCUGGUUUGUUUUCUUAAGAAGCUCUAAUCAUGGUGGAUACCUCACGUAUUCCGCGGCCGCGCAGUCGCAGCAGUAGUUCAGGGCAGCAGCAAUACUUAACAGGGGAGGACAGCUAUAGCAGAAGUAGAAGUUCGUCUUGUUCUACAAGCAACACGUACUGCGGGACGAGUGAGAGCGCGUCCUCCUCCGCAAAUCAUGACGCUGACAGCAAAGCUGUGAGAGAGGGCGACUCAAGCGCGGCCACACCUGCCCGACCGACGCGAGUGCUACUGUCAAUUUGAUGGCUAUUAUUGUGCCGCGCGCAACUUUCAAACGGCAGCCGAGACUCAGAACAAGAGGCGCACAACUAGAGCAAGCUAUAGUUAGAACCCCCUGGCAACAAGUAGCAAAUCAAAAGCUUACUCGUCAUUUUGUGUCAGGAUCAAUAGGAACCAACAGCCGCAAGACCACUGACAACCCAACAACAAGCUAGACGAGCGGGUAGGUGUCGCCCGGGAAAUCCUAGGCAGGUUGCCAAAUAGAUUCCCAGGCUCAGCAUCGUUGUGCUGACGAUACAGCUCCAUCAUGUUAACGAGAAAGCAUGCGCUUCUCGUCGAUCAUGUAUAAACAGAAGACUCUUCUAUAACUACUGGAAUCACUUACCCAGCAAAGAUCAACCUAGUUCAACGUCUUUGCGAUUUUUAUAAUAUAUCCUACUUGGAUGGGAAGGAGAACGUGAAAUAACUACUGGUAAAGGGACGCUGAUCACUAGCAAACAGUAUAACGUUAUCAUUUGCGAUGUAGACGAUGGCAGUCAUAUUGUGCUCGUCCAUCCGGCUUCUAGAUGAACUCAGCACUUUUUUACGCCUCUUUCUGGGUCGUCGUUUUUCUUCUAUUCUGAUCGGGGAGCAGCGUAACGACCAAGAUGAUUUAAUGAUGCAUUGAGAUGAACACCUUCAACUCAUGUUUUAAAAGGAGCAAUCUAAAUAUAAGCACAAAAAACUGUACGCGCACGCUGGUGGAGACUCUGUCGGCCUUGACCGCUAGCCUAGACCUGCACACAACUCUAGACCUAUCGACUUGGGGCCGAGUUGCUCCCUCACCCCAUCCGGUAGGAGUAUACUUACCUAAGGCUGACACAGUGAUCCGUAAUAAGAUGUGUUAAUCUGAUGCUGGUUUGUUUGCCACGGAGCUGCACUGUGAGGAGAUAAUACUAGAGUGAACAAAUCCAACGCUAUACCUUGACCUUCUUGCCUAGCUGCAAGCUUAGUCAAUAAUGAUCAACUUUCUCGAUGACAAUCAAUGCAGUACGUGACCUUUGUAUAUGAUAGAGCCCGAAUUUCUUUUAUGUUCGACCGCCUUACUCAGAGGGUGAUCUAUCGUCACGUGGUCCCAUAUUUAUACGUGCCUAUUGCUCGGGACGUGUUUCGGAGCUAAUUUUCGUGACGGCAUUUAUCCUCAGACCAUGGUGACUUCAUUUUUUUCCUCGCUUGGAAGCAGAGAAUGCAUCGUCCAGCAUCAUCUUGCUGACAGUCUACAAGAGGCCUUCACCUUGUGACACCCAGUCUCCAGACGUGUUGAUGUUGAGACACUAUGAUGUUAUUAUGAGUCGAGACAAUUGCCCGAAGAUCUUUGGCGAUAAGCCCUCUUUUUCAGAACCUAGGCUUUUGGGAU